AGCUGUUUUUCUCUUUGUUUACGAUCAAUUCCGGCGUCUUUUUCACUUUAUUAUUAGUUAUUAAUUUAUAAAGUAGUCAAAAUAUAAAGCCAUGGACGCCAAAAAGAUAUCUUUUGGCUUCAGCAAACUGGCCAAGAAACCGAACAUCCUGCCCAGCAAGCAGCCAAAGGAGGAAAGCAAAGUGGAACUGAUAAAAUGUUUGGAGGGAAACGAAAUAAUUUCGGUGGCCGAAAAGGUGGAGGCCGCCCCGCUGACAAUCCAAAUGAUUGGCAUGCAGAAGACUUCGUCUGCCCUGGCCAGUUUGAUGAGGCGACGGGCGGUUUUGCUGGGUGAGGAGGAGCCGGACCCGGAGGAGGAGACCCCAGCAGCUCAAUCAAUUGCAGAGGUCACCGGUGGCGCUAUUACGGAGAGCCUGGAACAGCGAGCCGCUAGGGAAUUACUAUCCGCCAGCCAAAACAAUGGUGCGGAAGGCUUGGAUGGCCAGAAACUGGUCCUGCCGGCCGUGAAAGCCGACGAACUACCUCUCGAUGGUGCCAAGGAGGCAACGCUCGAUGACUAUGACAAUAUUCCCAUACAGCAGUUUGGCCUGGCGAUGCUGCGCGGCAUGGGUUGGGUAGAUCCGCCGCCAAAAAAGAAGGGUUCGGGGCCAAUUGACGAUGCCCCCUUCCUGCGACCCAAGGGAAUGGGUCUGGGUGCUGAUAAGGCACUCAAACCCAAAGCACUGCUGGUCCAGCCAGAGAAAAACGAAGUGCUCGAGAUCAAGAAGCAGGCCUACGUACGCAUCCUGGGCGGCAAGCAGAAGGAUCAGUAUGGCCAAAUCCAAGGAUUCGACGACCAUGCAGGACGAGUUAUUGUCAAAAUGGCCAUUGGCGGUAACAAGGAGGCGUUCAACGAGUUCCUAUGCCAACCCGUCUCCCGGAAAGAGUACUCCCAGUAUGGAAAGUGCAUAAACUCCGCCAAGUAUGAAGAGUUUAAAAAACAGGAAAAUGAGCACGGCCAAAUUAUUGUGAAGCAGGAAAAGCCAGCAGAGAGUAGGGACAGGGACCGAAGGGAGGAGGGAAGAUCACAUCGGAACGAAGAUCAAGAUCGCAAGAGCUUUAAAUCGGAGGAACAGAGAUCUAUCAAAGACGAGUAUCGCAGGAGAAACAAGGAUGAGGACAAAAGGUCCUAUAAGGAUGAGGACAAAAGGUCUUAUAAGGAUGAGGACAAAAGGUCUUACAAGGAUGAGGAUAAAAGGUCGUACAAAGAGGAUGAUAGCCGAAGAACGCACAGGUCCUAUAAAGAAGAGGGCAAAUCUUACAAGGAUGAGGAUAGAAAGAAAUAUGUGCAAGACCCAAGAAGCAGUAGCUCCUCGGCAACAAAACGGGAAGAGCGCGAGCGGCGUCGUUCACCCAGUCCCAGCAGCAUAAGUUCCUCUAAAAGUAAACGCGAUGACCGUGAUCGGCGGCGAUCACCAAGUCCCAGGAGUAGCAGAAGGGCAAAGAGCAGUUCAGACGAGGCAGACGACACAGGAGAGUCCACUGAAAGCGACUCAGACUCUGCGUACGAGCGCAGGAAACACAAGAAAAAGUCGUCCAGCCGAAAGUCCAGAAAGCACUCAAAGAAGUCGAAGAACAAAUCAAAAAGGGCGGACGACUCCAGUUUAGAGAGCGACGAAAGCGCUAAUGAGAAUCAUCGUCGACACCCCAGCAAGCACAAAAAGAAGACCAAGAAGAGCAAACACGCAAGGUCCCGAACGCGGUCUAGAUCUAGGGACCGGAGGUGAUUCGUUCUAUUCAGUUGAAAUCUUUAUUUAAAUAUAGUUCAAUAGACGCUUAAGUUCUUUUGUAUCUUACUUGGGAUUAUCAUAAAUUUCAAUUAACUCACAAAAUAA